AUGGCGAACGCGACGUCUAACGGCCAAGUUACGAUGAAAUCGCUUGAAGAACUUCCUCUGGAAGUGAUAUUCAGGAUUCUGUUCUUUUUGCCGUUUGAAGAUCUACGGCAGGUAUCAAAGACUUGCAGAAUGCUGCGCGUUCUGAGUAACGAGAGUAUCAUGUAUCAUAGGAUGCUGCGGGACCCUAGUUCGUCCUGUUUUUGGACGAAACGGCUACUGUUCGAUUUUUUGCAUAUCGUUAACCGCAAGACGGACAUUUUGGGACACAUAUCUGCGGAGAAAGUAUCGAUUAUCGGUACUUUGCGUGCCAUACAGCAGAGAUUUGACCUGGAUUGUUCUCAGGGCUUGCUGGCAUCGAAUUUUGAGACAUCUGAACUUUCGCUGCGAUAUCCACGUCUUGAGUACGAAAAUAUGUGUGAUGGGGGCAAAAGAAGGUGUCCCUCGCCGCAAAGACCUAUUGCGGGUGCUUCGGACAAGCAAAACAAAGCAUAUUUGGCCAUUUUGAAAGGUUUUCACAAGAUCGCGGACAGAGCGUCUGACUUAAGGCAAGAAGACACCCAAGUACGACCUGUCACGCCCACCAAAACCAGGAAUGUUCCUCCUGCUGCACCUUCGCCUUCUACAACGCUGGACGAAACCCAACCGCUGGAGUUUGCAGACGAUUCUCCGACUUCAUCAUUUCAUUCGCGGUCUGCGAGCUCGCUCUUUUCGGAGGCACCAAAAGUUGCCGAGUCUGAGUGGCCAUAUCUCUACGAGCUGGAACGCGUGUCUGACGAGAACACGGACUCAGACUCUAGCUCGUCUAACGGGUAUAUUGAGCAACUACGAAAUUCCAAUAAAGUGAAGGAUAAAAGAUUCAUAUACGAAAGACUCGCGAGCAAAGACCGAGCCGGAAACACGAUCAGUGGGAAGAGAUCCAAGCAUCCAGCCUCCAACUCACUACAGGCUGCUUUUGAACUGCCCGAAGAGCUACAAAAGGCUCCCAACAAUGCUUCAAAGAGAACCGUUUCGCAGGGCUAUUUAAUCGAAUUGGAGCGCUUGGAGAGAUGCAGUUCUCCACCCAGUCCUGGCUGCUACGAUGGAAACAACACAGCGAAGGGACCUGAUUUGUCGUCUAAAUACCUGUCCAGGUAUGAGGAUCACGUUAUGCGAGAGCAAACCACCGAUACCAAUAAUACGAUCAUUCUGAACAGAAAGACAAUACAUCAUAAAAGAUCCUCUAAAAGACCCCCAAGAAGAAAGCUCAUAGCAUCCGUGACCGUGGAGAACAGGAUUUGCUACGAGAAGAUUUAA